UCCAGGACAGGAGAAGUAGUACUGUGCAGAGUCCACGCAGGACAGAAGUGGUACUGUGCAGUCCAUACAGGACAGGAGAAGUGGGACUGUGCAGAGUCCAUACAGGACAGGAGAAGUGGGAUUGUGCAGAGUCCAUACAGGACAGGAGAAUUGGGACUGUGCAGAGUCCAUACAGGACAGGAGAAGUGGGAUUGUGCAGAGUCCAUCCAGGACAGGGGAAGUGGGACUGUGCAGAGUCCAUCCAGGACAGGAGAAGUGGGACUGUGCAGAGUCCAUACAGGACAGGAGAAGUGGGACUGUGCAGAGUCCAUACAGGACAAGAGAAGUGGGACUGUGCAGAGUCCAUACAUAAAGAAUAAG